CGAUCAGACCCCCUUUCCUCGCAGACGCACGCACACGCACACGGGCUCACAGACGGCAACGUGCCGCGGUCGCUCCCGCAAGGCUGGCUCUCGUGCUGCGCUGAGCGCGGGUCUCUACGGAGCCGCUGGUUCGGGGAAGGAUCCGAGGCACGAGGUGCCAAAUUAAGACCGAGAGAUCUGAUUGAGAUCGGACUGGGUGUACAAAUCACAAUUUGGACAGUGGCUGCGCCCGAUCUCCUGGACCCUAAGUCCGCCGUGCACAACUGCAGGCCACGCCUGUCCUUCUCCUCCGCCAAGCCGCUGGUGCUGAGCCCGCCGGUGGACGAGCUCGAGGAGCCGCCGCACGUCAGCGUGAUGCGCUGGAAGACGGUGUCGGCCAUCUUCUGCCUGGUGGUGCUCUACCUGAUCAUGGGCGCCACGGUGUUCCGCGCGCUCGAGCAGCCUCACGAGAGCUCCCAGAAGCUCGCCAUACUCAUGGAGAAGCUCGACUUCCUCGUCCAGCACCCCUGCGUCAACUCCUCCCAGCUCGAGGACCUCGUCAAGCAAGUGGUGGUGGCGAUCCGUGCAGGCGUGAACCCCUCGGGCGACUCCUCCAAUCAGACGAGCCUCUGGGACCUCAGCUCCUCCUUCUUCUUCGCUGGGACCGUCAUCACCACCAUCGGGUUUGGGAACAUUUCCCCACACACGGAGGGCGGGCGGAUCUUCUGCAUUAUCUACGCUCUGCUGGGCAUUCCGCUCUUCGGCUUCCUGCUCGCCGGCGUUGGGGACCAGCUGGGCACCAUCUUCGGCAAAUGCAUCACCAGGGUGGAGAAGAUGAUCGUGGUGAGUGUGUGUGUGUGUGUGUGCAUCACCAGGGUGGAGAAGAUGAUCGUGAAGUGGAACGUCAGUCAGACGAAGAUCCGCGUCAUCUCCACAGUGAUCUUCAUCCUCUUCGGCUGCGUCCUCUUCGUCGCGCUCCCAGCGGUCAUCUUCCAGUACAUCGAGGGCUGGAGCACUCUCGAGUCCAUCUACUUCGUGGUCAUCACCCUCACCACCAUCGGCUUCGGCGACUUCGUCGCAGGUGGUUCUGAGAUCGAGUACCAGGAGUACUACAAGCCCGUGGUGUGGUUCUGGAUCCUGGUGGGCUUGGCGUACUUCGCGGCGGUGCUCAGCAUGAUCGGAGACUGGUUCCGGGUGAUCUCCAAGAAGACCAAAGAGGAGGUGGGCGAGUUCCGUGCACACGCGGCUGAGUGGACGGCGAACGUGUCGGCCGAGUUCAACGCCACGCGGCGGCGCCUCAGCGUGGACAUCUACGACCGUUUCCAGCGCGCCGCGUCCAUCAAGCGCAAGCUGUCGGCCGAGACGGGCCUGAACGCGCCCCCGGAGAUGAGUCCCGUCACCCCGGGCAAGCGGGCGCUAUCGGCCAGCCUGGGCGGCGAGCAGGACCGCGAGCGCUUCCGCAACGGCCCCCCACAGCCCGGUCACCCCCUCAGCCUCACGCGCAACGGCAGCCUCUUCCUCAACGGCCUCAGCCCCGACUACGCCCACCACAGAGACAUCUCCGACUACGCCCACCAGAGGGACAUCCCCAUCAUAGAGCACCUGAAAUGAAGAGAGAGAGAGAGAGAGAGAGAGAGAGAGAGAGAGAGAGAGAGAGAGAGAGAAGGACAUCCGCAUCAUCGAGUACCUCAAAAAGAGGAGUUCAAGAGAGAGAAGUAGUUGCUCUACUCUGGGGGGGGGUUGAGAGGCCAGUUGAGGGCAGUGCUUUGCUCAUAUCUGAUCUAUAACACCAGCUCUUCACACACACACACACACACACACACGAGACAACACUGAGGUGAUCACCAGUAACACCAGGGCCAGAUAUUGGAAAAGUUACCGCCAUGCAAAACAUGCAGCUACACACACACACACACAUCACAUAGUGGACGAAGUCUUAGUCCAGAGCGUCUAUUGCCUAGAGUUGGCAACAUAUUUGAGGUGUAUAUAUACAUUAUCUUUUGUGCUUUUUAAUGUUUAUGGUUAUUUGUUUUGAUGAAACGGUGUGGGGAGUUUAGAAAGCCCUAGAGAAACAGAAUGAGGGAGGGAGAGAGAGAAAGAGAGGGAGAGAAAGAGGGAGGGAGAGAGAGGGAGAGGGGGAUGCUGAUGUGGGCAGUAAGAACAGAUGAUGUGGAUGGAUCUGGUGCUCUUAAACUGACCAGCUGGAGUGAAGACACUAAAUGAAUGACUACGAGUGUGUGAGGGACGAAGCUUGGAGCCUGAAGGAUGAUGGACUGUGUGUGUGGACAACACGAGGCCUGCCACUCGAGUGAUGGACCCCAACAUGCACUUAACACUUCAUCGCUUCAUUGUCUGCCAUCAAGACUGACUGCUGCGGCCUUCAUCAACAGUGCUACACUCUACUUAUAAACCUGCCAAUAAACACACACACACACACCCAUUAACACUUACUUACUCACACACACACACCUACUCACUCACACACACACAUUGAC